AACAGAGCAUUUAAGCCACGAACAGAGAGGUUUCUCAUCUCUCUCGUAUCAUUAUGAAUAGCUGGUGCCAAUGUGCAAGAUUGUCGGCGUAUCCUCUUGAUGCAGGGAUUCACGGCCGGAGACAUAUACCGGAAAUCGUAUUCAGUUCAGUAGCGUCCAGGACUUGGUCUAAAUGUGGUGGAAAUCUGAGAAUUAGCAUGAGAGACAGGAGCAAAAAUCGAAAACCCUUGCAGAAGGGGAGAAACCUCAGUAUUGAAGCUAUUCAAGCUGUUCAGGCACUGAAGCGGGUGGCUAGCAAAAACGAUGACUCCGCGGUGGAACAGGUGUUUAAUAGCAAGGUCAGGCGUUUGAUUAAGAAUGAUAUGAUAGCGGUUCUCCGUGAACUUCUCCGCCAGAAUCAAUGCCUCUUAGCUCUUAAGGUUUUCGAGGAAGUUCAGAAGGAGAUAUCCUAUAGGCCGCAGCUCAAACUGUAUGCUGAAAUUGUGUCCUGUUUGGGAAGCAACGGAUUGCUUGAAGAUAUCAACUGUCUUAUCAUGGCAUUGAAAAUGGAAAGUAGUUUAGAACCUCACGUUGAGGGCUUUUAUGCAUUGUUGGAAAGCUUAAUGAAAUUUAAUCUUACGAGGCUUGCACUGGAGGUCUUUUACUUGAUGAAGUUGAGAGGAUGUGAUCCCGAUAAGUUGACCUUUAAACUAUUGAUAAAUGGUUUGGAAUCGAAUGAAGAAACAAAUCUUUCAGAUUUUGUAAGGCAGGAAGCAGAGAAGUAUUAUGGCCAGUCCCUAGAUUUCCUAGAUGAGACUGAAGAGGAGGUACCAAGAUUAAAGACAAUGUACUAAACUAUUUGAUCAGUGGUUAAUAUAUGAUGAAAAGGCAAUUUGA